GCAGGGACGGGGUUUCCCUGCUCACUCUCCCCUUCCUUCCCCUCAGUAAUUCAAAUCCAGUAAGACGAGUGCUUACGAACACGCCUCUCUUUUCUUCCCUAUCAGGGCUAGCUUUUGGGGAAGGAAAGGAUGCGGCUGUUCGGCGGAUCCGUGUCCUUCGGUGCAGAACCUAGGCCCAGCCCCGGGUCCUCGCUGUCAGCGUGAAACCGGCCGGUUGUACGCGACCGACCCCCGGGGAGGAAAGCUGCUUCUCAAGCAGGGAGAGGAAACCGCGCACAAAAGCGGUGCGACUCGUGCCUUAUCAGCGUGUAAGAGGAAGGGUGGAGAAGGGGGAAACUGAAACAGGCCAGACACCAGGGAUCCCGCCCGACAGGCUUUUAAACUACGUUUCCACCACCUCUUCGCACGGGGCCGCCGCUAAUGGAACCCGCGCGAGGCGUCCCUCCAAUCGCCGCCGCGCUUCCUCCCGCCGCGGGCCAAUGGCGGCGCGCGUUCUUGGGGCGUGGGCGAAGCAGGCUGCCGUCCCUUGCCUGUAGUGUGUGGGUUGGGGUUGGUGCGGGCUCCUGCUUGGCCCCCACCUGGUCGGCACUAGUGCUCUGGGGGCUUUGUGUCCCGCUUCUGCUUGGCUUUGUGUGUGCGAGUUUUUGCUUCGCUCCUCCCGGGCGGGAGCCCUGAGGCUCGCGGGCGGCGCGCGGCCCCCCCGGGCAAGGAGCGAGCGCGCCGGCGUGAGCGGCGGGUGUGAGUGCUGCGGGGAGGCGGAUUCGCCCCGAGAUGCCGGAGUUCCUGGAGGACCCCUCGGUCCUGACGAAGGAGAAGUUGAAGAGUGAGUUGGUCGCCAACAAUGUGAUGCUCCCGGCCGGGGAGCAGCGCAAAGACGUGUACGUGCAGCUCUACCUGCAGCACCUCACGGCGCGCAACCGGCCGCCGCUCGCCGCCGGCGCCAACAGCAAGGGGCCCCCGGACUUUUCCAGCGACGAGGAGCGCGAGCCCACCCCGGUCCUCGGACCCGGCGCCGCUGUCGCGGGCCGCAGCCGGGCCUCCGUCGGCAGGAAAGCCACAAAGAAAACUGAUAAACCCAGACUAGAAGAUAAAGAUGAUGUAGAUGUAGCAGAGCUCACUAAUGAAGGCCUUCUGGAUCAGCUGGUGAAAUAUGGAGUGAAUCCUGGUCCUAUUGUGGGAACAACCAGGAAGCUAUAUGAGAAAAAGUUGUUGAAACUGAGGGAACAAGGAACAGACUCAAGAUCGUCUACUCCUUUGCCAUCUAUUUCUUCUUCAGCAGAAAAUACAAGACAGAAUGGAAGUAAUGAUUCUGACAGAUACAGUGACAACGAAGAAGGAAAGAAGAAAGAACACAAGAAAGUGAAGUCCACUAGGGAUUUUGUUCCUUUUUCUGAACUUCCAACUACUCCCACUGGUGGAUUUUUUCAGGGUAUUUCUUUUCCUGAAAUCUCCACCCGUCCUCCUUUGGGCAGGACUGAACAACAGGCAGCUAAGAAAGUACAUACCUCUGAGGGAGAUCCACCUAGGGAACCUCUUAUUGCCACAACUUUGCCUGGCAGAGAUCAGUUUCAGAAGUUAGUCUCUGGAGAGAAUUUGUUUAUUUCCUCCAAAUCUAGCCAUAAUAGAUGUUUAGAGAAAAGUUCUUCGACAUCUUCUCAGCAUGAACUCACUGCCAGGUUGGUCUCUGCUGCAGCUUCUCCUUCACUGAUUAAAGAAACCACCACUACUUGCUAUAAAGACAUAGUAGAAAAUACUUACUGUGGAGAGAAAAGUGGAAUUCAACCAUUACGUAAUAAAAGGUCCCAUGUUUCAGAUCAGUCAGCUCUCUCCAGUGAGAGGAAAGCACUAGAAGAGUCUGAGAGUUCACAAGUAAUUUCUCCACCACUUGCUCAGGCAAUCAGAGAUUAUGUUAAUUCUCUGCUGGUCCAGGGUGGGGUAGGUAGUGUACCUGGGACUUCUAACUCUACACCCCCACUGGAUGUAGAAAAUAUAUGGAAGAGAAUUGAUCAAUCUAAUUUUCAGGAAACUGAAACCCUGUCUCCUCCACGAAAAUUUCCUAAGCUCAGUGAAAAGUCGGUUGGGGUAAAGAAUACAGGUUUCUCUGUAGCAUUUCAAAAUGUACCUGGAUCUGAACUGAUGUCUUCUUCAGCCAAAACUGUUGUCUCUCACUCACUCACUACCUUAGGCAUAGAAAUGCCUAAGCAAUUACAGCCUGAUAAAAUAGAUGCCUCAGAGAUAUCUUUUCCCUUCCAUGAAUCUAUUUUAAAAAUUAUUGAAGAGGAGUGGCAGCAAAUUGAUAGGCAGCUGCCUUCAUUGGCAUGCAAAUAUCCAGUUUCUUCCAGAGAGGCAACACAGAUAUUAUCAGUUCCAAAAGUAGAUGAUGAAAUCCUGGGGUUUAUUUCUGAAGCCACUCCACCUGCAGGUACUCAGGCAUCUUCCACUGAGUCUUGUGAUAAACAGCUGGACUUAGCACUUUGCAGGGCAUAUGAAGCUGCAGCAUCAGCCUUGCAGAUAGCGACCCAUACUGCCUUUGUAGCUCGGGCUGUGCAAGCAGACAUUAGUCAGGCUGCACAGAUUCUUAGCUCAGAUCCUAGUCGUUUGCACCAGGUACUUGGGAUUCUGAGCAAAACAUAUGAUGCAGCUUCAUUUCUUUGUGAAGCUGCAUUUGAUGAAGUAAAGGUGGCUGCACAUACCAUGGGAUCUUCUACUUUAGGUCGCCGAUAUCUCUGGCUAAAGGAUUGCAAAAUCAGUCCAGCUUCUAAGAAUAAAAUGGCUGUUAUUCCCUUUAAAGGUGAAACAUUAUUUGGAGGAGAAGUAUACAAAGUAAUUAAAAAGCGUGGCAAUAAACACUAAUAAAGUCAAGAGUAAAUACAUACAUUUUAUCUUUAAUAUGGGAGACUUAGAAGCUUUUCUAGGAAUCCCAAGUGCUUUUUUGCGAAAAUUUUCCUUUAAAGUCUUUCUAGUGUCCAGAUUGGGCUAAUUUCAAGCUCCUACCCAGCAAAUUACAGUCUACAAAUAAUGGCCUGUGUAAACUACUUUUUUUAAAAGUUGCACAGAUAGAUACCUGAUAGAAUUUAAAGUUUUCUAGAUCACAUCUUUUCCUAUUUUACUUAAAAUUUUAUAACUCUUCAUAAUUAGGAAAAUUCCAUUAACUAGAGUAUAGAGACUUCAGUUUUAAAUACUAGUAAAUAUCCUUUCACUUUCAAAAACUCAUCUACAUUUUUUUCUCAUUUUCUUACUUUUGUUUUUUACUUCUGUCUGCAGUAUCAUUCAUAAUACUUAUAUCUGUGCAACUUAAAGUACCAGUCUUCAAACUGUUACUGGUCAAAAGACAAAAUAAGCAUGCUCCAGAAUUUGAACCUAGAGAUAUUUUAGGUCAAUGACAAGGUUUAUUUUUGUGUUAAAAUUUUACUGAUAAAACAGUAUGCUGAUGGACAUCUGGUGCAAGAGCUUCAUGGACUGGCAGCAAACAGUUCAUGGACCAAACUGAGAAAUACUGCUCUAGGUCAGUUCUGGGACAGUGCUUUCUCACCAUCACUGUAGUCUGUCAGAUGAACUAGACAAUGGAAAGAUGGGCUUUUUUUCUUGUUUUUUAAGUAACACUUUUGAAGUAUGUCGUAGUUCAUGGAUGAUUAGGCUUAAUCUAAACUAUAAAAGCAAAUUUGAGUUACUAGCUUUUUCUUAAAAAGUCCUAAGAAAUACCCCAAUGUCUAUGUGUCUAUAUAAAGCUGUAUAUUAACCUCUGUUUUCAUUUCUUAUUGUAAGUUGUAAGACAAGUUACCUGUAGAAACGUUUGGGUUUUUUUGGGUUUUUUUUGUAUUUUUAUGGAAAGUAGUAGUAGUAAGUAUAAGCAAAAUAUGGCCCCUUGGGUACUCCUAGCCAUUAUAUUCUUAGACUAUACGUGUCCAUCUCUGUAGCUUUCUUGGAGUAAUUUUAUUUGUUAUUUGUCUUCUGAAAUGUACAUGUAUACAUGUACCUACUAAGUGCUAUGUGAUUUUUUAAAAAUGUAUUACUGUAGAAUGCUUCUGCAAAUUCAAUAAAGUUAAACUUGAACAGUUUUGUGUGGUCUCCAGAAACAUGUUGUAUGUGUGUUUUAUUCUUGGAGUUACAAGUUAGAUACUUGCAGAGGAACAUCCCUUUUCCAUUCCAUCACUGAAACUCAACUUGACAUUCUAAUGGUAUAGUUGAAAAUACUCUUUACAUGGUUUUUCUUCAAUUUGAGGACCAUGUUUUAUUGGCUGUUGGAAUUUAAAUUUGUAAGAGGAAUUAAUAUGUAACCAGAUUCCUUAUUUGUUGUUUCAUCAAUUUCUUUCUGCUUAACUACUAUUGGGUAUUUUACUUUGUGCUUUCUAGAUUUUUUGAUUCUGAGUUAACAAAGCAUAAGAUUUUAUAAUGCCAAUGAUUGUCCCAAAUAACAGGUAUAUUGUAGAUCCAUUAAUAGAAGUAUUGUGGAGUGGAGGAUAGAGUUGAUACCUUAAUUGUAAAAAAAUGAUUGAAUAUUUGGACUAAUGGUAAAAGUCACUGAUUAUUUUUGGGAGACUUGCAAGUAGAUUCUGGACUGAUGUACUAGACUAGAUAGCAAGACACAUAGCUCUCCACUCACACUCCCUUAAAUAUACAAAACAAAGCUUUAUUUAAGACUUGGCUUCAUUUUUGUCUGGUAAAAGUAGUCU